AUGGGAGUGGGCGGUCCCGCUCGAGCCAGCGCCGUUGGUGCCGCCCCUGCCAGCGCUGCGUCCGCCUUCCAGACCCGCCUCACCGGCGCGGCCGCCACUCCAGGCGAUCCCGUCUUCGCCUCUCCAGGCGGUCCCGCCCACGGCUUCACAGGCCUCCCCGCCCCUGCCAGCGCCUGCGCUGCCCCAGCAGUCCUGCCGUUGUCGGAGGCUGUGUCCUCCGUGUCGGCAUCAGAGACUGCCCUGGAACCGGCGGCUUGUUCGAGCUCGGACCAUCCCGGACCGGUUGCUGUAGCAGCGGCCCCGGCGGCUGCUCCCAGUGGCCAGAGACAGCAAAUAUCCAACAGCAGCUCUAUCACGCACUUCCUCCUGCUGGCAUUGGCAGACACGCGGCAGCUGCAGCUCCUGCACUUCUGCCUCUUGCUGGGCAUCUCCCUGGCUGCCCUCCUGGGCAACGGCCUCAUCAUCAGCACCAUAGCCUGCAGCCACCACCUGCACAUGCCCAUGUUCUUCUUCCUGCUCAACCUGGCCCUCAGCGACCUGGGCUCCAUCUGCACCACUGUCCCCAAAGCAAUGCACAAUUCCCUCUGGGACACCAGGGACAUCUCCUAUGCAGGAUGUGCUGCUCAGGUGUUUCUCUUCAUCUUUUUCAUGUCAGUGGAAGUUUCCCUCCUGACCAUCAUGUGCUACGACCGCUACGUGUCCAUCUGCAAACCCCUGCACUAUGGGACUCUCCUGGGCAGCAGAGCUUGUGCUCACAUGGCAGCAGCUGCCUGGGCCAGUGCCUUUCUCUAUGCCCUGCUGCACACAGCCAAUACAUUUUCCCUGCCCCUGUGCUAUGGCAAUGCCCUGGGCCAGUUCUUCUGUGAAAUCCCACAGAUCCUCAAGCUCUCCUGCUCACACUCCACCUUCAGAAAAAUUUGGAUUUCAUUGCUUGGUGUCUGUUUAGGUUUUGGUUGUUUUGUGUUCAUUGUUUUCUCCUAUGUGCAGAUCUUCAGGGCUGUGCUGAGGAUCCCCUCUGAGCAGGGACGGCACAAAGCCUUUUCCACCUGCCUCCCUCACCUGGCCGUGGUCUCCCUCUUUGUCAGCACUGGCUCAUUUGCCUACCUGAAGCCCCCCUCCAUCUCCUCUCCAUCCCUGGAUCUGGCAGUGUCAGUUCUGUACUCAGUGGUGCCUCCAGCCCUGAACCCCCUCAUCUACAGCCUGAGGAACGAGGAGCUCAAGGCUGCAGGUAGGACACUGAUGACUGGAUGGUUUCAGAAACGUUAA